GGCCCUGGCACUGGGCUGGCCGGCGGGGAGGCGCCCGGGGGGGGGGGGCGCGGCGCGGGGGGCUCCAAGCAGGAGCCGCUUUCCUCGGGAGCCGGCAGCUUCCACUUCCCUGUCCCCGCCUCCUGGGGCCGCCCUGCUUGGGCGAAUCAGAAGGCAGCGCGGAGAUGGUCCCCUGCGGGAGGACAGCCGGGCCUCUGUGGGGUUAAGCGGACCCAUCAGGAAGUGCACGGCUUUCCUCUGGCCCCACCCGCCCUCUGUCCCGGCAGCCCGGCAGUCCUGCCACACACUGAAUCGGGCGGCCCAGGCUGACCGGUGUCCGGCUAGGUGGCCCAGGAGGACCCCGAGGUAGGCCGGCCUGGUGCCCUUGCUUCAGAUGGUUGGGAAGCCGCUGUGGCCCAGCUCAGGCUUGGGGCAGGGAGCGGGGUCUGGAGUAAAUACCCCAGGAGGGCAUCAGGUGGCCUCGCUCUGCUGCCCUGUCCCCUUCACAGCCACCCGGUACCUGCUGGUCGUUUCACUGGAAUUAGCAGCAGGGCAUUGUCAGGUGUGGGACGCGUGGACAUCAGGCUAGGAAGGCGGGGACCGGGCCAGACACUCCAAAGACCCCAAGUUGCUGGUGUUUUCAUUCAAUGCUUUGUCUGUUGCUGGGUGAGCGGGCUGACAGGGCAGCGCGAACCUGCCGCCAGCCGCGUCUCUAGGAGGGUGGCCCAGUCCCUUUGGGCUGGAAGCCGGUGUUUCCCACACAGGUCAAAGGCUCAGCCUGCGACGGCGGGGUCAGGGUCUCCGUCCCCACCGCUGGGAGGAGGCCACCACAUGGCUGCUCCCGGCUCGGCCUGGCCCUGGAGAGAGUGGUUCCCCCACUGGUAGUGUAGAAGGGAAUAGCGGCGGGCGGUUCCAGCGUAGGUGGUCCCCUGUCGGAGAGCUGGCCUGACAGUCCCCAAGAGUGCGGCCAAGAGCAGGCCUCGCCUGGGAGGCAGACAGGAGGAGCCUGGACGGCUGGUGUCCCAGAGGCUGGAGGAGGCACGGAGCUGCGUUCCAGGCCAGCCCCGGGCGACACAACCACCCCUCCCAGUGCGCCCGGGCCCCUGGCUCUCCCUCCACCGUGGGCCGUCCACAGUCAUCCUUCCUGGAGGGCACCCUGUCACCGAGCCUGACCCGGAGCAGGCCGGCCCGGAAGCUGCUAGGUGACUGUUGCGUCACCAGCUGCGGAAGGAGAGGAGGAGAUGGGAGUGGAUGUGAGCAGGCACUGCCCCGCGAGGAAGGAGGCAGUCCCGCCAGCACAGCCUGGCACCUCGGGGGCUGGGGCUGGGAUCCCUCCCCCGUGUGCCAGGGAGGUUGUGCUGCCGCCUGCCCCGACUACGCCAUGUCCGACUACGAGAACGAGGACGAGUGCUGGAGCGCCCUGGAGGGCUUCCGUGUGAAGCUCAUCUCCAUCAUCGACCCCGCCCGCAUCACGCCCUACCUGCGCCAGUGCAAGGUCCUGAACCCCGAUGACGAAGAGCAGGUGCUCAGCGACCCCAGCCUGGUCAUCCGCAAGCGAAAAGUGGGUGUGCUCCUGGACAUCCUGCAGCGGACUGGCCACAAGGGCUACGUGGCGUUCCUAGAGAGCCUGGAGCUCUACUACCCGCAGCUGUACAGGAAGGUCACGGGCAAAGAGCCCACCCGCGUCUUCUCCAUGAUCAUCGACGCAUCCGGGGAGUCGGGCCUGAUGCAGCUGCUGAUGAGCGAGGUGAUGAAGCUGCAGAAGAAGGUGCAGGACCUGACGGCACGGCUGGGCUCCAAGGAUGACCUCGUGAAGGAGCUGAGGGUGAAGGACAGCCUGCUGCGCCAGCACCGGGAGCGCGUGCAGAGGCUCAAGGAGGCCUGCGAGGUGGGCGGCCGCGAGCUCCAGCGCUGCAAGGACGAGAACUACGACCUGGCCCUGCGCCUGGCCCGGCAGAGCGAGGAGCGGGGCGCCGCGCUCAUGCGCAACCGCGACCUGCAGCUGGAGAUCGACAGGCUCAAGCACAGUCUCAUGAAGGCAGAGGACGAGUGCUCGGUGGAGCGCAGGCACACGCUGAAGCUCAAGCACGCCAUGGAGCAGCGGCCCAGCCACGAGCUGCUGUGGGAGCUGCAGCAGGAGAAGGCGCUGCUGCAGGCGCGGGUGCAGGAGCUGCAGGCCUCCGUCCAGGAGGGGAAGCCAGACCAGAGCAGCCCCUACAUCCAGGUGCUGGAGGAGGAUUGGCGGCAGGCGCAGAGGGACCUCCAGGAACAGACCGCCACCAUCUUCUCCCUGCGCAAGGACCUGCGCCAGGCCGAGGCCCUGCGCGCCCGGUGCACGGAGGAGAAGGAGAUGUUCGAGCUGCAGUGCCUGGCCCUGCGGAAGGACUCCAGGAUGUACAAGGACCGCAUCGAGGCCAUCCUGCAGCAGAUGGAGGAGGUCGCCAUCGAGCGGGACCAGGCCAUCGUGACGCGGGAGGAGCUGCACGCACAGCACGCCCGCAGCCUGCAGGACAAGGACGCGCUGCGGAAGCAGGUCCGCGAGCUGAGCGAGACGGCGGAUGAGCUGCAGCUGCAGCUGUUCCAGCGCGAGGGCCAGCUGCUGGCGGCCGAGGGCCGCCUCCGGUGGCAGCAGCUGGACACGUCCGUCCUGAGCUCCGACCUAGAGGACGGCUCACCGAGGAACUCCCAGGAGCUCUCGCUCCCCCAGGACCUAGAGGAGGACGCCCAGCUCUCAGACAAAGGUGGCCCGGCCAUCGGGGAGAGCCCUGAGCAGCCCUUUGUGGCUCUGCAGAAGGAGCGGCUCUCACUGACCCCCAAGCAGGACGCAGGCCUGAGCGGCGGGGAGCCCCCCGAGAAGGAGAAGGGGCGGCGGCGUCUCAAGGAGAGCUUCGAGAACUACCGGAGGUGGGCCCGCGUGGGCGGAGGGCGAGGGGGGCUAGGGAGCGGUGGCCCCGCGCACACCUGCGCCCACCUGCGCCGCCUGGGUCUCCCGCAGGAAGCGGGCCCUCAGGAAGAUGCAGCACGGCGCGAGGCAGGGGGAGGUGGACUGGGAGAAUACCACGGGCAGCGACAACACCGACACCGAGGGCUCCUAGCCGGCCCCUCCGUCCAGCCGCCCGUCGUGGGAGGAGGACACGGCGCCACCUGGGAGCUGCCUCGCUAGGCCGCCUCUUCCUUGGCGAGCACAGGCUUGUUCUAUCUCUGUGUGAUGCACGCGCGUGCUGCAGUGUUAAAAAUGCAUCCCCGUCAAUAAACGACCGCAGUCCGGACACCACCGCCUCCGACGGUCUUGCUGCCGCGCGCAC